AUGUCUAUUAAUGAUGAUAUGUUUGUAUCAGCAUCAAAUGCUUUUUCUAACUUUGCUGUUAUCAUGCAUCCAUUCAGAAAUACUACUAACACAACAACUACACGAUGUAGCAUGAGAUACAAUACAACUGAUCGUUAUGUUCAUAGUGUAGGUGUAGUUGGUAUUGCUAAAAAUAGUACUAAUGCUGAACAUUUUAUAUUUGUUUUUGCUGCCGAAAAAAUGUCGACAAUGACUCCAUAUGUUUGUAUUGGUCAUAUAAUGAAAUCAACAUGUAUCUCUACAGUUCAAUGUACAGAUAUGGGUACAGGAGGAUUUCAUCAAGAAUAUUUUCUUAUUGGUGUUGAUAAUAAUGGUAUUUUUGCUUAUGGUUUUUCAAAUUCAUUUGCAUUUAAAUUGGAUAUUUAUGCUAAUAAUAUUACUUUAAAUGUUUCAACGAAUUCUGUUUGGCCAUCAUUGGGCUUUAUUCUACAUGCUAUGGAUGUAGCUGAUACAUGGGCAGUAGUUGCUGGUUAUGGAUAUUUAGAUGAUGUGAAAAAAAAUUAUGCUGCACUUGGAUGUUUAAUUGAUCUUUCUAUGAUAAUAAAUGCAUCUUGUACGAAUCUUACUUCUGAAACAACAUAUUUAGUACCAUCGAAUGUCAUCUCAUACAGUGAACUUUAUGAAUUAUCAGUUAGUAUUCGUAGUCAAAAAGUUCUUGUUGGAGUGCAUCGACUUUCAACGGUUGUCAUUGUUCGAAAUCUUGGAUCAUCAUUAAAUGUUACCGGUAUAUAUACAUUAUCUUAUCCUGAUGCUACUUCAUUUGGCCGUAUCGUAGAUUGGGCAGAUGAUACAACAAUUGCUGUACUAGUUCAAGAUCCAGAUACAACAUCUUGGUCGAAAUCACAAGUAUUCUUUUAUGAUGAACGUUCAGUGAUGUUGAAUUCUUCUCUCUUUACUUUUCCUAAUAAUCAACAAAUAUUAGGUAGUCGUUUAUCACGUCCAUCUUUUGCUCGAUUCGGCAUUACAAGUGAAGGUAAUAUGGCUAUACUUACAGAUAAUGCUGAUAUUUUAAUUAUUCCUCUUGCUUCUGCUGGUUAUACAUCAAUAUGGAUUGAUACUAUAGAACGUGUAUUUGCAUUCUAUUUUCAACCAACACUUUGUAUUGGUGGAACAUAUAAAAAUCGUUCAAGUUUAGGUCCAUGUCAAAUUUGUCCUCCACGUACUCGAAAUCCUGGUACAUUUGAUAAUGCAGUUCUUCAAUGUAUACCAUGUUCGAACAAUUCAUCAACUUCAUUUUGUCCACUUGCAUCACUAGUUGAUAUUGA